UCAGCAUCGCCGAGGGCAGGACCAAACGUCAGUCCUGAGCUUGAUAUGUGGCUACAUUGUCAAUGUUGGCCCAGCAACUGAUCUACUUGUCUCAUUUCACAAAUUUUAACUCAGCCGACCAAAGAUCUCUCCAGACUUGGGCCGAUCUUUCCCUCAAGAAACUUCUGGAAGGUUGAGUGUAAACUUUGUGAGAAUGUCACAGAGAGUGAAACCUGCAAAAGAAGGCACCUCCGAGAGAAGUCCUGUCAUGGAGGGUGGUAUGCAGCUGCUGAACCGUGAUGGCCACAGUAUCUCCCACAAUUCCAAGCGCCACUACCACGACGCUUUCGUAUCGAUGAACCGAAUGAGGCAACGGGGGUUGCUGUGUGAUAUCGUUCUGCACGUGGGCAAUAAAGAAAUCAAGGCCCACAAACUGGUGCUGGCCUCAUGUAGCCCUUACUUCCACGCCAUGUUUACCAAUGAGAUGAGUGAGAGUCGCCAAACACAUGUUACAUUACAUGAUAUCGACCCUCAGGCCUUAGAGCAGCUUGUACAAUAUGCCUAUACUGCCGAGAUUGUAGUGGGCGAGGGAAAUGUACAGACACUGCUCCCUGCAGCGAGCCUCCUGCAGCUGAAUGGGGUUCGGGACGCCUGUUGUAAGUUUCUCCUGAGCCAACUCGACCCGUCCAACUGUCUGGGAAUCCGAGGAUUUGCUGAUACACAUUCCUGCAGCGACCUGCUCAAAUCUGCACACAAGUACGUGCUCCAGCACUUUGUGGAGGUUUCCAAGACUGAGGAGUUUAUGCUGCUGCCAUUGAAACAGGUGCUAGAUCUUAUCUCCAGUGACAACCUGAAUGUUCCUUCUGAAGAAGAGGUAUACAGGGCUGUGCUGAGCUGGGUCAAACACGAUGUGGACGGAAGGCGCCAACACGUACCCAGACUGAUGAAAUGUGUCCGUCUGCCUCUCCUGACUCGUGAUUUUCUGAUGAGUAAUGUUGACACGGAACUUCUGGUCAGACACCACUCGGAGUGCAAAGACCUCCUCAUCGAAGCCCUCAAAUAUCACCUAAUGCCUGAACAGCGGGGAGUCCUCAGUAAUACCCGGACUAGGCCUCGGCGCUGUGAAGGGGCCAGCCCUGUCCUCUUCGCAGUCGGUGGUGGCAGCCUAUUUGCUAUCCACGGGGAUUGUGAAGCCUAUGACACACGGACAGACAGGUGGCACAUGGUAGCCUCCAUGUCGACUCGACGCGCGCGGGUAGGCGUAGCGGCGAUUGGGAACAGGCUGUACGCAGUUGGGGGGUACGACGGCACUUCUGACUUAUCGACUGUUGAAUCCUAUGAUCCAGUAACCAAUUCCUGGCAACCAGAGGUAGCCAUGGGAACGAGACGGAGCUGCCUUGGAGUGGCAGUGCUACACGGCUUGCUGUAUGCGGCAGGAGGUUACGAUGGCGCCUCGUGUUUGAACAGUGCUGAGAGGUACGACCCACUGACUGGAACGUGGUCGUCGGUAGCUGCAAUGAGCACUAGGCGACGAUAUGUCCGAAUUGCAACACUAGAUGGAAACCUCUACGCUGUUGGUGGAUAUGACAGCUCUUCACACUUAGCAACAGUGGAAAAGUACGAUCCACAGACCAACACAUGGACCACUAUCGCUAAUAUGCUGAGCCGUCGGAGUAGUGCUGGGGUGGCAGUGUUGGAAGGAAUGCUGUAUGUGGCUGGUGGGAAUGACGGAACUAGCUGCCUUAACUCCGUGGAAAGGUAUAAUCCAAAAACCAACACUUGGGAGAGUGUGGCACCCAUGAACAUCAGAAGGAGCACGCACGACCUUGUAGCAAUGGACGGGUGGCUUUAUGCAGUUGGUGGCAAUGAUGGGAGCUCCAGCCUUAAUUCCAUUGAAAAAUACAACCCUCGCACCAACAAGUGGGUGGCCGCUUCAUGCAUGUUCACACGACGAAGCAGUGUGGGCGUCGCUGUGCUGGAACUACUGAACUUCCCCCCUCCGUCUUCUCCCACGCUCUCUGUCUCUUCGACCAGCCUCUAAUGCCAGAGUCCCAGCCAGGCCUUAC